UAGUAAUAAUUGUUGAUGAUAUUGAACAGCUUGUUGCGUACGUUUACAAAGUUAAGCGAUAGGAAGGGAUUUCACCCCAUAUGGACCAUGCGCUUGCUGUUGUUGCUGGGUAUUUUAGGGUUUAGUUGGGCCGUGGAACUCAACACAUCCAACAACUCCAAUGGUAAAACAACCGAUAGUGAAGGCGGCAGCACCCACAACGUGACCGGAGGCUCUAAAUCGACCAGGGCAUCGCCUACGAGAUACAACUACGCGCAGGCGCUUGGUCUAUCCAUCCUUUUCUUUGACGCCCAGAGAUCCGGCCGCCUGCCUGCUAACCAGCCAAUCCCUUGGCGUGGAGACAGCGCCGUCAAUGACGGUGACCACGGACAUGACCUCAGCGGCGGCUGGUAUGACGCCGGAGAUCACGUGAAGUUCAACCUUCCGAUGGCUUACUCAUCGUGGGUCCUCAACUGGGGCUUCUUGAAGUUCACAGACGCGUACAAUUCCGCGGGUCAGAAAAACCAGAUGUGCGACAUGGUGAAAUGGCCGCUGCAGUACUUCCUAAAAUGCUGGAUACCUUCUGAAAAUACUUUGUAUGUGCAGGUUGGAGACGGCCAUGCAGAUCAUUCAUACUGGGGAAGCCCAGAGAACAUGCACAUGAAUAGACCCGCCUUCAAAGUGAAUCCUGGUUGUCACGGAGCCGAUGUUGCCGGUGAUACAGUUUCAGCGUUGGCAUCAGGAUCUAUAGUGUUUAAGACCAUCUGUGGAGACACUAACUUCGCCAACACUCUUCUGUCGGCAGCUAAAAGUUUGUACAACUUUGCGAAGGCCAACCGAGGCAAGUACUCCGACUGUGUCAGUCAGGCCAGGGAUUUCUACGGGUCGUCGGGUGAUGCAGAUGAAUUAGCUGCCGCCGCUGUCUGGGUGAGCAAGGCUUCGGGAGACCUCGGUUACCUAGAGGAUGCCAAGUCACUUUACCCUGCUGGAACAGCGUGGGGAUUUAACUGGAAUGACAAAAACGUCGGCGCAGCUAUCUUACUAUACGAAGCAACAAAGGAUAAUAGAUACAAGAACGACAUCGAUAGUUUCUUACACAGCUACAUGCCUGGUGGCAACGUUCCUAUGACACCGUGUGGAUUGUCCUUCAGAGACCAAUGGGGAGCCAACAGACAUGCCGCCAAUGCCGCGUUUAUUGCUGUCGUUGCGGCUGCUGACGGACUGAGCCCAGACGAUUACAAGAAGUACGCAAUGAGCCAGAUCAACUACAUCCUCGGCGACAACAAGCUCCACAUCAGUUACGAGAUUGGCUUCGGUAACAAAUACCCCAAGAAACCUCAUCACAGAGGAAGCUCCUGUUUGAAAAGUAGCCAGUCGUGCGACCCAAACAGUUCCGGGGAUAAUCCAAACCUUCUGAAGGGAGGUCUGGUUGGGGGCCCUGACCAGGGAGACAAUUACCAAGACAGCAGAGGCGACUACGUCAAGAACGAGGUCGCCUGCGAUUAUAACGCUGGUUUCCAGGGCGCACUGGCGGGGUUGUCCCAUUUCGCAAUUGCCAACGCCUUACCAGCGGCACCAGCACCGAAAUGUUAAAUAUGACGUGUACAUGGGGUGCAAUCAUGUGAAUAAAACUAUAUAUCUAAUACAAA